UCUGGCCGUGAUAUUCCUUCUUUGUUCAUGUUGGACAGAAUCAUGGCUUUGCCUUGUAGAUGGAGCUAUUUCGGGAUAUAUCUAGGGCUUUUUCUUCUGGAUUGUUUUUGGGAAACGGUGUCUGGGCAGCUUUCCUAUUCCAUCUCAGAAGAGCUAAACCCAGGGAGUCCUGUUGGAAAUAUAGCUAAGGACCUAAAUCUUAAUUCACAAGACUUGGAAUCCCGUAUGUUUCAGAUUGUUACUGGAUCAAAAAGAAAAUUCUUUGAGGUAAAUCUCAAGACUGGUGUUCUGUAUGUGAGCGAGAGGAUAGACAGAGAGGAGCUCUGUGCAGAGGAACUUAAAUGCUCAGUAAGUGUAGAAGCUGUGAUAAAUAACCCUUUGAAGCUUUAUCGUAUUAACGUGGACAUUUUAGAUGUAAAUGACAAUGCCCCAUUGUUUACAACUAAAUUGCAAAAUUUGUACAUAGCAGAGAGUACUUUACCAGGAGUGAAAUUCGCAUUAUCUGAAGCAAGUGAUGCAGACGUCGGGAGAAACGGAGUCAGUACUUAUAAAUUAAGUCAAAAUGAACAUUUCUCUUUGGCAGUGCACAAGGCAGGGGACAGUGUGUCUGCUGAGUUAGUGCUGCAGAAAUCCUUAGACCGAGAGAAGCAGCCUGUGAUCACCAUGACACUGACCGCUAUAGAUGGAGGGAGUCCACCGAAAUCAGGCACCUCACAGAUCAUUAUUAAUGUUUUAGACAACAAUGAUAACAUUCCGAUAUUCAGCGAAACGUUGUAUAAGACAAAAAUUCCGGAAAACACGCCCCUGGGUACAACAGUCAUCGCUGUGAAUGCCACCGAUUCAGAUGAGGGUCUGAACAGUGAGGUUGUGUAUUCGUUGAGGAGCAAGGAUCAAGAUCAUGUACUUGAUAUUUUUGAAAUUAACAGUCAAACAGGCGCGAUUAAAGUAAAAGGAAAUAUAGACUAUGAAGAAAAAAAGGCUUUUGAGAUACGUGUAGAGGCCAGUGACAAAGGCCAGCCUCCGAUGUCUGCUCACUGUAAAGUGCUGGUAGAAGUGGUGGACCUAAAUGAUAACGCUCCUGAGAUCACUGUCACCUCAUUGCACAACAACGUGAGAGAGGACGCUAGUCUAGGUACUGUAGUUGCACUUGUGUCAGUCCUUGAUAAAGAUGGUGGAAAAAACGGUGAGGUGAAAAUACAAAUAAAAAAUGAGGUUCCACUGAAACUUGAAACAAACUACAAAAACUAUUAUUCUUUGUUAGUUGGCGGGGCCCUAGACAGAGAGAGUGUCUCUAACUACAACGUCACCAUUGUGGCCACUGAUAUAGGAGCCAGCCCACUCUCCAGCACGACUGUAGUUUCUAUACACGUUUCUGACGUCAAUGAUAACGCACCUCGGUUCCCAGAGCCCCUAAUUAAUGUAUACGUGAAUGAGAACAGUCCAGUAGGAGCAGUUAUUAGAAGAGUGACUGCAACCGAUCCUGACGUUGACCAGAACAGCCAGGUGAGAUAUUCAUUUAUUCAAAGUAGUAGUGACACAUUGCCAUUAUCUGCAAUGGUAAACAUCAACUCAGAGACUGGAGAUAUAGUCAGCCUGCAAUCUUUUGACUUCGAGGAGUUAAAAACUUUUCAGUUUAAAGUUCAGGCCACAGACUCUGGUGUUCCUCCGCUCAGCAGCAACGUGACUGUAAACGUUUUUAUCCUGGAUGAGAAUGACAACAGUCCCUCGAUUCUCGCGCCCUAUUCUGAGCACGGCUCCGUUAACAGUGAGAGCAUCCCCUACUCUGCUGAAGCGGGAUACUUUGUGGCAAAGAUCAGGGCUGUAGACGCAGACUCUGGAUACAAUGCGCUGCUUUCUUAUCACCUCUCUGAACCCAAAGGAAACAACCUCUUCAGGAUCGGAACCAGCAACGGGGAAAUCAGGACUAAAAGGAGAAUGAGUGACAAUGACCUGAAAACUCACUCCUUGGUGGUUUUGGUCUCUGAUAACGGAGAACCCUCCAUGUCAGCUACUGUGUCUAUUGAGGUGGUGGUGGUUGAAAGCACAGCUGACAUCCAGACUCAGUUCCGACAUGUGCCCAUAAAGGAGGACAGCUUCUCUGAUUUAAACCUGUAUCUGCUGAUCGCCAUUGUGUCGGUGUCAGUGAUUUUUCUGCUGAGCCUCAUCAGUUUAAUAGCUGUCAAAUGCCACAGGACAGACGGCAGUUUCAGCAGGUACAGCGCCCCAAUGAUCACCACCCACCCUGACGGCAGCUGGUCUUACUCUAAAGCUACUCAGCAGUAUGACGUCUGUUUCAGCUCAGACACACUCAAGAGUGACGUAGUGGUUUUCCCCGCGCCGUUUCCACCUGUGGAUGCGGAGCUGAUCAGUAUUAACGGAGGAGACACUUUUACCAGGACUCAGACUUUACCUAAUAAAGAAAAGGUAAGAAACUAUGAAAAAGCAACACGAGAUUUUACAUUUCGGGUUGUGGCUGUGAACGUGUGA